AUGCCUCUCAAGCUCGGAUCACGAACGGUAUUAGCGGCAGUCCCAUCGGCCACGCAAGCCCCAGUCGUGGAAGACGAGGAAUUCUAUUCAUCAUGGUCUCUCUUCCUUGUCUGCAUGCUUCUCGUGUUAUCACUCUGGACGUCGUAUUAUUUGCAGAUAAAACGAAUACGGGCGGUACACGAGACACUGGUGUCGAUAUUUGCUGGGAUGGCGGUGGGUUUGAUUGUUAGACUUGCUCCGGGGACGAUGAUUCGCGAAAUGCUGACUUUCAAGCAUACGAUUUUUUUCAAUCUGCUGCUUCCCCCCAUUAUCCUGAAUUCUGGCUAUGAGCUCAAACAGGAGAAUUUCUUCCGAAAUUUUGGAUCAAUACUCACGUUUGCUUUUUUCGGAACGUUUAUCUCAGCUGUCGGUGUGGGUGUCCUUGUUUACAUUUACUCUUUUCUCGGACUUGAAUCACUCGAGAUCUCACUUCUCGAAUGCCUGAUAUUUGGUUCCACGCUUUCCGCGACCGACCCGGUCACCAUCUUGGCCAUCUUUAACCAGUACAAGGUUGACCCGAAACUUUACACGGUCAUCUUUGGUGAGAGCUUGUUGAACGAUGCGGUCAGUAUCGUCAUGUACGAAACACUGUCGCAGUUCCAUGGGACCGAAAUAUACAUCUCGUCAAUCUUCCAUGGAAUUGGCAUAUUCUUGCUCUCAUUUAGUGUUUCGAUGGCUUUGGGUGUAGCCUUUGGCCUUGGAAUGUCGCUCAUGCUCAAACAUUCCUCACUCAAUCUCUAUCCAGGCAUCGAAUCGUGCCUGGUCGCCCUCUCCGCAUACACCUGCUACUUCUUCUCUAACGGUCUUUCCAUGUCCGGAAUCGUGUCCCUCCUUUUCUGCGGUAUUACCCUCAAGCACUACGCCUACCACACCAUGUCCAGACGCACGCAACGCUCCUCAAAAUACAUCUUUUCAACCCUUGCCCAACUCUCGGAGAACUUCAUCUUCGUCUACCUUGGCAUGUCCCUCUUCACCAAUGCCCCGACGUCUGAGCGCGUGACCAACUACGUCAAGCCGCUCUUCAUCACCAUCAGCACCGUCGCCGUCAUUUUUACGCGCUAUGCUGCAGUAUUCCCACUUUCCGAAGCUAUCAACUUUUUCCACAAGCACGCGCGCGGCCAGAGGACUGAAGAGCUCCCGCAUUCAUACCAGAUGAUGCUUUUCUGGGCGGGUUUGCGUGGAGCGGUCGGAGUAGCCCUCGCUGCUGGGUUCAAAGGCGAAAACCGGGAAUUCCUACGCACGACUGUCCUCGUGGUGGUAGUCCUGACGGUGAUUAUGUUCGGCGGGACUACUGCUCGGAUGCUUGAGAUCCUUGGGAUUCGCACUGGCGUGGAAGACGAAGCGGCGAGCAGUGAUGAGGAAGAGGAGACGACGCGGACACCGUGGUUCAGCCGUCGAAUGUCCGGGACUGGGAAUGGGGGCCAAUGGGCACGGUAUAUGGAUGAUGAGCCGCCCUAUUCGCCUUCGUCUCCGCGCAGGAUAGGGAUCCAUUAUAGUGCGCGCAGUUAUAAUCACCAAGCGCAGGCACCGCCCUUGUCACCACUAAAUGGUAACGGCACCAUGUUCUCGACUGCCUCGAGCGAGUCACUAGAAUCAGACGGGGGUGAAGCACUCCCGAUGGCUACGACGUCGACUCAGCAGCAGCAGGGGCAGCAAGCACCACAGCAAGGAGAAGAUGGGAAGUGGUUUCAGGCGCUAGACGAGCGGUAUUUGCUCCCUCUGUUCUCGAACGCAACUGCGAGCCGGACGUUCCAUGCGCGGAGGGCGAGACGGAGC